GCCAAGCUCUUCGCCGACGAGCACGUCGACGUGCUCCUGGCGACGCUGCGCGAGCUCGCCGUGGCCGUGCCGCUGCUCGAGGGCGACAGCGCCGCGCGCGUCGCGGCGCUCGUCGAGUCGACGGCGCACGACAACUGGCGGGUCCGCGCGGCGCUCAACGGCGCGCUGCCCGCGGUGGCCCUGGCCCGGGGCAAGGACGCCUUCGAGGCCCAGCUCCUCGAGGGCUUCGUGCGAUCCUUCCAGGACCGCAUCUCCGAGGUGCGGACGUCGGCCGUCGCCGUGCUCGGCGAGCUCCGCGCGCUCAAGAAGCCCGACGGCGCCACGGGGUUGCCCACGGACGAGGCCUUGUUCGACGGCGACUGGCUCAUGGAGAAGAUCGGCAAGCGCCUCUCGGAGCUCUACCUCACCAUGUCCUACUACCUCUACCGCAUCACCAUCGUCGCGGCGUUCGAGCGCCUCGCGCACGAUGACGUCGCGGCCGAGCACAUGGAGACCAUCGUCCUCUUCCUCGUCGACGGCGCCCGCGACGACGUGCCCAACGUGCGCUUCACGGCCGUCAAGGCGCUCGAGACCGUGAGCCUCCACGCGAACGACCGCCUCGUCGCGAACUUCAUCAAGCCCGUGCUCAACGAGCUCCUGGCGAACGACACGGACGCGGACGUCCGGAACUACGUCAAGGGCGCCAUCGCCGCGCUCUAG